CUCAUCCCGGUGUAUGUUCGAUUCGUCCAUGUACCCCUUCCACUAGAAGCCUGCCAGGAGCCGCUCCUUGUCUGUGCCUCUUGAACCGGCGAUCACUCCCCGCCCUCUGAGUGCCCGGGCGUCACAUGUCCACCAGCUUCCGCUUGGUUCGUCCUGAACCACACUGUACUGAGAGAGGCUAGGCUCUGAUACCAUUUGUAACGCUUCGGCAACUUACAGAGACGACCGACUGCCUCCACACGUAAACACGAGAUAUUCCACCAUGCUUUGUCCUCACUCAACACACGAGACCAUUGAGGCUUUUCAGAUUCAACAAUUCAAUAUUAUCUAAACGACACACUGCGUUUCGUCCCUUCCAUUUUGGCUCCGUGGUUAAUCGAACAACUCAGAGAUCCAGUCACAAACAUUAAUCGAUUCCCUUCCGUUAUCAACACGUUCACAAUGUCUGAGACGAUUGUGGCACAUUCGAGUUCUUGGAGCAGGGCACUUGUCGCGAUCCCGCCCUACACCUUCUCCGCCAUCAGUAUCGCGGUCGCAAUCGGCGUCUCCGUCCUCGGCGCCGCCUGGGGGAUUUACAUCACCGGUAGUAGCUUGAUCGGCGCUGCAAUCAAGGCUCCUCGAAUCACUUCCAAAAAUCUCAUUAGUGUAUUCUUCUGAGAAGCUGUUGCUAUAUAUGGUGUUAUUGUGACUAUUAUUCUUCAAACAAAAUUAGAAAGCGUUCCAGCAGCAAAUAUCUACGACCCAGAGUCUCUUAGGGCUGGAUAUGCAAUCUUUGCUUCCGGAUUAAUAUUGGGCUUCGCAAAUCUUGUUUGUGGGUGUUGUGUGUUAAUUGGAAGCAGCUGAGCAUUAUCUGAUGCUCAGAAUUCCUCGCUCUUCGUGAAGAUUCUUGUGAUUGAGAUCUUUGGUAGCGCGCUUGGGCUAUUUGGAGUGAUUGUUGGAAUUAUUAUGUCAGCACAAACAAUAUGGUAAACCAAAGUUUAGUUUCCACUUUAUCAGAAUAUGGUGUGGGAAUGCAAUUACGGGAGAGUGCAAUAUAUCUUCUGUACUGUCCGGGAUUAAAAUUUUCUGUUUCCUGUUGAUAGGAAUGUAAAAUCCAGCGUAAUAGUUUAUCUUCAUUACAACUGUAGGCUACAAAUGUAUCGUCAGAUAUGUCAGUCUGUUUGUUGAAUUUCAAUAUUUUUGAAAGAAAAUUGAAUUUAUUUGGGUCUGUGAAUAAAGUUAACCGUUUUGUUGAAACGCGGGAUCGUUAUUUGGGUUAAAAUAAGCUGUUGAUCGUUAUUUGGGU